UAAUAGCAUGAAUUCGAAGCGUAUUGAAUAUAGUAACGAAACAGUCAUUUUUCAAACAACGGAACAAACGUUAACGUGGUGUUCGAAUCGCACACAAAACCUGUACGUCGCAUGCGCCAAAAACGAGGCCAAUGUUUUCACCGGUUGACAGAUUCGGUCAGUUUCUUCGAUUCUUCCUACCAGCUAACGAAACGACCAUCGAGAACGUUUCUGAGUGUUUACCUAACAAAUCGAAACAAAACUAUCCACGUGCUCCUUAUUUUCAUCCGACACUGUUUAGCGUACUUCCGGCAUCUUUAUCCGAAUAUUUCCCUCUAAAACUAAACCCAGCUCACAUUUUGCCUUGGAUAAAAGAAAACAAGCAAUGGGAAGCUUUUUUUCACACCCCACCGGGAUGGAAGUGGUUAAGAAGAAUCAGGAAUACAUUUCCGAGAUGAACAAAAUUAAGAUGGAACGCUGGAUUCAGAUGCAUUAUCAGAUGAAGGAGCGCGAAACAGCGAUGCAAAUCUCACGGGCACGUGAACUGUUCUAUUGGCUCGCAUCGUUCUACGGCGUUUCGACCGUCGGGCUGAUCGGGCGAUUCCGCACUACGAAACGCCCCGGAACGCUUGCACCGAUCAUACCGCUAUCGUUUGUCGUCGCCUACUAUGCUGAUCUUGCGUACGGGACAAAGAUACAUCGAAUACAAGCGGAAGCAGAAAUGAUUAUGCACAACGAGCCAGAGCUGCUGGAGUGGCCCAGUGGACUACCAACGGUGUCUGAGAUCGAUUCGGCACGUCUCGAUAUUGAUGAUAAAAUUCGACUCCAUCCCCAUCAGCUAUAAAGGGGAGUUGUUUAUUGGGUGGCAAGUGCGGUAGAUAAUGCUACAGAAACAGUAUUACGAGGUGGAGAAGUACAGUAGAGAUGAGAAACACGCCAGUUAACACACCAUACACUGCACGCAAUGUUUGGAGUGAGAUUGCACCAAAAAGUACCGUGUUAACAGCAUCGGUAGAUACGUAAGAACAAGUUUCCUUUCUUUGCACUAUGACUUUCUUCGACUAAAAAUACUUAUUACAAAUGAAACGUAUAUAUCAAUAUUCCACAGAAGAAACACAAACUAUUUCCAGAGGUUUCAUGUUUUAAAAAAGGAACAGAAGCUUAAUCUUAAACGAUCCUGUUUUAAACUGUGCACAGGCACCACAUUUUUCCUUUCUAGAUGUGUUUCUAUCAGCAAACUUCUUAACUUAAAUACCAACAGCAAAGUUAGCCACGUCCGUUGCUAGCUAGCAACGCGAUACAUAGCCGUCAGUUGGAAAUGGUCUAGUAACCAUACUCUCCAAACGAUCGUCAAUGGAAAACGAAAACAAUAACGAAUAAGUGCAUUUAAUCCUUCUCACACUUAGCUGUACUCUCCACAAUGGAGAAGCCAGAUAUAGUCGUCGUGGUUUGGGUGAGUUUAAGGAACCGCCUACACCGGUUUCAAGCUAUUGCAUGCAAUAAUAAAUUUACAUCCAUGUAACGACUGCUGUUUGUUCCAAACUAACGAAUGGGCGGCCUUGUUCGGGGUGUGCAAGAUUUUAAAUAACAUUUUAUCGUCAGUCCUGUUACAAGCGUAAAUGUGAAAUUGCUACAUUCGUUUUUAGUAUAUACUAAUAAAGUAUUGAAAAUAAAAUCCU